AAUGUGAGUAAACCAUAUACGUAUUAACAAAAUAGUAAUAGGAUUGCUAUCGCUAAAUUUUAAUAUAUUUUCAUAUUGUUUUGUUUCUUAUAUCAAACUUUAUUGUGAUUCUCUUUUGGCACAUAUCAACUGGAAGUAGGUGGGCAACUUUGGUGAUCUUGGUUACUGGAACCACUUGUUACAACCUAAUGUUGCCAGUAUCUGUUACUGUGCAGUUUUGUGUUUGGAGACCACCCAACACUAAGAACCAUCAACAACAUAGUGGCUAUAUAAAGCAGACUUUUCAGUAGCAAGUUAAAAAUAAUUUUUUUAAUUUUGUAUAUUGUUUGUAGUUUUUACAUGAAUAUCUAAAAAGCGUUAUUUAUUACGAUCACUAUAAAAUAUCAUACAUACUGUUGUGGAAGUGUUAUAGUCCUUUUGAUUCACAUGAUAUAGGCUCUUAUGUUAUAUUGUUAAAGCAUAUAGUGGGUAAAAAUUUUGUUUUAUUGAAAUACUAAUUUAACUGCCUCAAUUGUUAGUUUCAAAAUUGCCCAAUAAUCAAAAUUAUUAUGAGAAUCUCGGAAGACUAACUUUUGUAAAGAUCAAAAUGACGAACAGUCUAUGUGGAGUCAUUAAAAGAUAGUUAAAAAGAUAUUAGAAACCUAAAGAAGAGUAACAGAUUCUGACAUCUAAAUUCACUUGCUUUGAGCUAUUUAAUUUCUACAAGUGCCUUUUAAUAAUUGUUAAAAAACUACACCUGCUCUGAGUCUAUCAUGUCGAAGCCUCCAAAUGAAAACCUUCUAACCUACAUUCUUGUUGUGGUUGGUGAUGGGGGUGUUGGAAAGUCUGCACUAACCAUCCAGUUCUUCCAAAAACUGUUUGUAACAGAUUAUGAUCCUACCAUAGAAGACUCUUACAUACAGCACACCGAAAUAGAUGGCCAUUGGUGUAUACUUGAUGUCUUGGAUACUGCGGGACAAGAAGAAUUUAGUGCUAUGAGAGAACAGUACAUGAGGAAAGGAGACGGGUUUCUUCUUGUGUAUUCGGUAACUGACAAACAAAGUUAUGAAAAUAUACGAAACUUUCAUACACAAAUUUUGCGGGUGAAAGACAGAGAUACCUACCCAAUGUUACUAGUAGCCAACAAGGUUGAUCUAGUCCAUCUUCGGGUUGUAACAGAAGAACAGGGACGCGAGCUUGCAGUUCAGCUCAAGAUCCCUUACAUUGAAACAAGUGCCAAAGAUCCACCUCUUAAUGUGGAUGCUGCUUUUCAUGAAGUGGUUCGAAUUAUCAGGAACCAGCCACCACCAGUAGAUAAAAAGAGGCGGAGAGAUUGGUGGAAGAGGAAUCGAAGAUGUACACUUUUGUAGUGUUGAUUUUUCACUGUGCUUGAGAAACUAUCCAGAUACACAUAACCUGGUACAGAACAUCCUUCCAUUGAAGAGUCUCAUAGUGACUUUUGUGCAACAGUUAGUUUUCGGUGUUGUAACUUUUUUUUGUUCACAUUAAUUCAACUGACAAAACCACAACAAGGCCUUUUGUUCCAUCUGUCCAGCUAGAUCUCCAACUUUCUGGUAACCUCUUUAUCUAAAUUGGACAUACCACUUUCAAAAUCUUAAGACCAGUGCCCCUCUGACCUUACCGAAAAAAAAGACGCGUGUCUUAAUACAUAAGAGAUGUUACAAGAAGCUAUAGUGGAAAGAACUAAGAUACAUUUUUACACACUUUCCAUUUGUUCCUGUAGAGCUAGGAUGGCACCUAAAAGGUUUUAUAGAGUUUUGUAUUUUAUACUGUUUUUUGAACAGUUUUGAUAAUGGUUUAUUGCAUUUUGUGUGUUGUUUAUUAGUGCUGUGCUACAUAGAGCUGCUGCUUUCAAAUGGUGGACAUAUUGACACACACAAACACACAGAGGAAGCGUAAUCUUUUUUCCAAUAAAAUAUUAGCUGCUACAACUAAGUUAAGUACUGAAAGAAACUCGCAGAAAAUAUUUAUCAAAGGAUGUAGAAUUUAUAUAAAUGUUUUCAAUAUUUUUGUCUGUUAAUUUCUUUUGAGCAGGCAGGGAACUGAACUUUGUUGAUCAUCAGAAAGAUGGUAUGGCUACUGUUAAACUAUGUUUUUUAAUCACUGUUAUUUCAGAUAAAUGGUUAUACACUAGCUGCAAAUGUGCUUGUUAAACUUCUAACUUCGUUUAGUGUUUUUCUGAUACUAAGAACCUAACUGUCAUAUUAGAAAUGUACUCUAGGAUAUUCAUGGAAAAGUUGAUAUUGUUCUGGCUCUUUUAGAUGAUGGUGUGAUUGUUUGCUUGAUGAUGUAAUGAUGUUUGGAGGAUAUUGUGUAUGAUGUGAGGGAUUUUAUUUGUAAUAACACUGAUUGGUUUUAGCAGGUCUUUUCUUGUGAUUUAUAAAAAAACAAAUCACCACCAAUUCCCUUAUGAAAAUGUGUAGUUGAUUAUUGUUAAUAAACCUGGUCAUGUGAAGUGGAAAAUUGUAUAACUUCUCGUGUUACCUUCUUUAGUUGUAUUGUUAGUCUUUCGAUGAAGAAUGUUCAGAAGAAGGACUGUUUAUAGAUCUUAUCAAAAGUGUAAUUAUUAGUAUUCUUAUUUAUCUUUUGACAGUGUUUGGUUCUGAUGUAUAAUCCUUUACUCACUGCUAAUAACCUAAAAUACUUUAGGUGUUUCUAUAACAUCUAACAUAUCUUCACAAUUGACUAUUCACUAUUACUCGGCGGACUAACUGAUUAUUUAUUUAAUUAUGAAUUUUCUUUCCUCACCCAAAUGUUAAUUUUGAUGGAGAAUAGAGGGCGUAGAGGUCUAAUCUAUUCUUUGAUUUGCUGCUGCCUCUGAAGCAGACUAACUUGGCCAUAUUCGUGGCUUCUCGGUGGUGCUUGGUCUCAAAAAAUAAACAAGGCGUUUAUGUCAUCUUUUCUUCACUGAAAUUCAUGUAUUGGUGAGGAAAGGAAAUAUGUAAAUAAAAGUAUCUUCCUUUGUUGUUUGUUCUUGAGUUAUUUAUUAUAACCGUUUCCACAUACAUUAUAUGAACUAAGGUGGGUCGUUGAAAUUAUCUUCUUUCAGUUGCAGUAAGCUAUCUUGAUGUAAGAUUUAAACUAGUCCUGUAAGUAAGUUGUCUAUUAAGUUAUUUUGGUUAUGGUGGUUAGAAUACGAGGUCAAUACGUUUUAUGUAAUGUCUUUCAUCAGAAGUGUACAUUUAAUUUACUACAUAAUUAAUAGUGACUUAUAGCAGUGGGCUUCAGUCUUUCCUAUUCCACAAAUUGGCAAAAUAUUUAUAAAAGUUUAGGGACUUUUAGGAAUACAUAGGCCUGUAGUAGAGCAUAUAACCUAUAGAACAAUAGGUUUGAAGUACACAAAAUGUAGCUAGUUUUACGUAGGGUUGUAAAAAUAAGUUUGUAAGGACGUAGAAUAUGAAUAUUGUUCAGAAAUAAUUGCACUUUCAUUGGAUGGUUGUGCAAAAUGGAAAAACACGUGAAUGAUUCAGGAUCCAUGCACCAGAGGUUGGGAACUACUGAUGUAAAGAAAAUGUUCGUAGCAAUACUUAGCACAGUACUGUGAUGAGAUCUCCAUCAUUAGCUUUAAAAUAUGGAGUUUUGGAUACAUGAAAUUCGGAUCCAUGCACCAGAGGUUGGGAACUACUGCUUUAGAGAAAAUGUUUGUAGCAAUACUUAGCACAGUACUGUGAUGAGAUCUCCAUCAUUAGCUUUAAAAUAUGGAGUUUUGGAUACAUGAAAUUUAGCAUCAUGAGAUCUUUUUUGAGUAUCUUCAGUCAAAAAUCUCAAGCUACACGACGUCAUCCAACUUACAAUAUUUAGUUCCUGCUUAUAAACUAAAUGAGAGAUGUAAACACGUUUUACCUUUGUGCUCAUUAUUAAUUCUAUUUGCAGAACAGUAAAAAUAUCUGUAGUUUCUAAAAGUGUUGUAUAAACAAGUACAUUAUUUAACCCAUUGUUGUUAUCUGUGUUGCACUUCUAAUCACGCUGAAAUAAAUAACCAAUAAUUUAGUGAUUUAUAAACAUUAAAAAUAAGAAUUAUUUAACAAGAUUUUCUUAAGUAAAAGUUAAUUUGAAGAAGUAACUUUAUGAAGCCAAUAUUAUAAAGAUGGAAUUGUGCUAACUAACAAUAUAAAUGUUUAGAUGAGUACAGUAGAUUAUGGGUUUUGACAGUUUUUUAAAGUAGAGUUACAUAUGGUGAAAUAUUAUAAGACAGGUACUUCAGUCCUUAAGUUUUUGCUAAGAGCUGUAGAUGAAGGCUUUCAUGUUACGCUUCUCUUGCAUAUUACUUGUUUAUGUUGUCAUGGUGAAACUUUAAGUGUAGGAGAAACACGUUUCAGAAAUUGGGAAAAUAUACACAUGUGUUUGUGUGCUGACAAAGUAAAUUAUACUGAGCUAAUGAUGCAGAAAAGUACACUAAUCUGUGAAACCGGAUUCUCAGUUACAUUACAGUUAGAAUCGGUGAUUUAUACGGCUAUUGCUGAUACAAAUCAUGUGGCAAUUAUAACAAACUUAUAAUUCAAACCAUAUAGUGGCUGUAAUUACAACACAGAGCACAUGGUUACUAAAAUUAACCAGCUGGUGUUACAGUGCACAUGGUUACUAAAAUUAGUCCGCUGGUGUUACAGAGCACAUGGUUACUAAAAUUAAUCAGCUGGUGUUACAGAGCACAUGGUUACUAAAAUUAGUCCGCUGGUGUUAUAGUGCACAUGGUUACUAAAAUUAAUCAGCUGGUGUUACAGAGCACAUGGUUACUAAAAUUAAUCAGCUGGUGUUACAGAGCACAAGUAUAUUAACUGAAAGGAAGUGGAUUAUUAAAACUAAUACGACCAAAGGUUCUCGGCACUACAUUAUCAAAAUACUGUUUGAAACAAAUUGGUUAAAAAAUAAAAAUCUAAACUGAUGUGGUUACUAAGUAAAGACUUGGAAACUUGAACAGUUUGAUAAAGAUUCUUUUUAUUUUGCAAAUUUGUUGAUUUAAUUUUCUGUAGCUCUAGUUGGAAUGUUUUAUAAAUUCUGAAGUCAAAUUGCACCUUUUAACAAGCAAAGUUCUUUACUUCUGUGUUAUUUAGUGACCGGAACUUCAUGCUAUUUUAUUUUGGCCAGUUAGUAUUUUGAUCUUUAAUGAAAGUAUGUUAAUAAUAAAUUUUAAAUUUUCAACAGUUUAAAAUUUGAUACACAGGACUUUUUAAUGUAUUCUAUGUGGUCGCAUUGAAAGUGAAGCAAAUUCUAUGGCUUUUAUUCUGCAGUCAUGUUUUGAAGUUGAUGAACCUGAGAAACAUGAAUGACUUUUAGGCAUUUUUGUAUGACUGAAUAUAUUAUUUUGUGGUCAUACUUUAACUGAACUUUUAAUUAAUCUUUCAAACCUGUAUCUAACAAGAUUUAAAUGUUUUAAACGAUUUGUCUGUUUCAGUAGAUUCACGUGGUAGAUGUCAGUUUUCAUCUAAAAACUUUCACAUCUGGCCAAAGUUUAGGUCCAGGAAAAAAAAAAAAUUUUCUUUAAACGUUGAUUUUAUUUUUAGUUUGUUCCUUGGAAAUUUAAUUGCACAAAUAGAAAAUUUUUUACUAAAAACUGUUAAAAAAAUAUUUUUAGUUCUUAAAAUGAAUUUUUUUGCAGUUGGCUGGUUACUGUGGUGGAAUCAUUUUGUAAUAUGAAAAGUCUGCUGUGGUCGUAGUGUGUAUGUAUGUACUGUUGUGUGGUGCUUUACUGCUCAUAUGUGUGCUUGUUUGACGAACAUUGGUUCUUAUGCACGGUAAACAAAAUUGUUCAGCCGAUACGUUUUCAAUGUACUUCUGUUUUAAGACAUGAUUCAGCCAGUUAAUAUUGCAUCACCAUGUACGUAUCCAAGUUUUAGUUUUGUGUGUUUAAUUUCACAAAAAUCUGACUUCAAAUAAAGAAAUGUUUCCUG